AUGGCUCAAACGCUCGAGGACUGUGUCGGCCCCAAGACACGGAAGAAGAUCGAGAAGUUGAAGAGCAAAGUUGGAGACUGUUUGGUGAGGGAGGCAGGUGAAUGGCUGUAUCAAGUGAAUACAAAAGUCAAUGAACAAUUCGUGGUCAAUCUAAGGGAACGGACGUGCAGCUGUAGGCGUUGGAUGCUGACGGGGCUGCCAUGCCCACACGCAUGUGCUGCCAUCCAGUCAUCAUCAGAGACCGUAGAGUCUUUCAUACCUACUUGCUACUCAAUGGAGACGUUCCGACAGGUCUAUGCAGGUGGGAUCUACCCGCUACAUGGACCAGAUAUGUGGCCGAAGACUCCACACCCAGAUAUUGUUCCACCGGACCUUAGAAGACUACCAGGACGGCCUAAGGGAUCAAGGAUGAAGUAG